AUGGGCCACCGUGGGCCAUGGCUGCACACUUGCCUCCUCUGGGCUGCCGUGGUCAGCCUGCUCCUCCCCUCCGCCAUGACCCAGCAGCUGAGAGGGGCUGGGCCGGGCCCCAGCAGCUGGAACAAUGCAGGAGUGGCCGGGCCCUCGGAGGACAUGUCGGGGGAGUUUGGCCACCCCAGCCACAGCCAGCGAGGCCUUGGAGAUGAGGAGAGGGGGCAGCACUUCCCAGGCCACACGGGCCAUGGAGCGGAGGACGGAGACGUCUCCAGGGAAUACGGGCAUCGACUCCAAGGCCACGACAUCGGAGAUGAGAACGCCUCUGACGAGGUCUUCACAGAGCAGGCCGACGGGCAUGGAGACCACGGGCGGGAAGACACGGAAGAUUCCGCUGAGCACCAGCACCACCUUCCCAGCCGCGGAAGUCACGGCCUUGAGGAUGAGGAUGAGGAUGAGGAUGAGGAGGGAGUCGUGUCCAAUGAGGACCCUGGUCAUAUCAUCAGGCGUGUCCACGGGGGCCACGGAGAGGAAGAGGAGGAGGAGGAGGGUGAAUAUGGACUCCAGGCCUACCAAGGCCACAGGAAAGAGGAAGACGAGGAUGCCUCAGAUGAACACCACCAGCACGGCCCCAGCUACAGGCACGGAGGCCACAGAGGAAAAGAAGAUGAUGAUGAUGAUGAUGGUGAUGGUGACGCCUCCACUGAAUAUGAACUCCAGGCCCACAGGCACCAAGGCCAUGGGGAAGAAGAAGAUGAAGAUGCCUCAGAUGAACACCACCAUCAUGUCGCCAGCCACGGACACCGAGGCCACAUAAAGGAGGAAGAUGAGGAUGUGUCCAGUGAACACUGGCACCAGGUUCCAAGGCUUAGCCACCAAGGCCUCGGACAUGAGGAGGGGGAGGGAGAGGAAGAGGAAGAGGAGGAGAAACUCAAGUUCAGCCACCAUGUUGCAAGCCACCAACCCCAAGGCCACAAAAGCACUGAGGAGGACUUCCUAGAUGAGUAUAAAGCAGCUGGCCCUGGGCAUCACCACCACAGCACCCUCAAGGAGGAGGAAGACACCUCUCUCCAGCUUAGCCACAGGCAACACAGCCACAGAGACGAAGCAAUGGGCCACAGAGGGUCCAUCAAAGAGAUUGGCCACCAGCCUCCAGAACACACAGAGAUCGAGGACAGAAGCCAUUCUAGGGAGACAGAUUCCGAGGAAGAAGACCAUGGGUCCCGUGAGGAAGAGGAGGAAGGCUUACAGCAGGAAGACACCCUCCAGGACAGCCUGGACCAGGAGGAUGAGGAAGAUGAGGAGGAAGCUCAAGGCGUCAGUCUCAGCCAGGAGGAAGAGGAGGAGGAAGAACAAGAGAAAAGGGAGAAGGCUGAGGUCCUGGUCCCACGGAGCCACGACCACCAGGAGGAGGAAGAGGAGCAGGAGGGGCUGGAGGAGGACAAACUUCCCUUCACCAUCAUCCCCAAUCCCCUGGCCAUGAGGGAGGUGGCUGGCGGUUCCUCCAGUGAAGAGGAGAGUGGUGAGGACCUGGGUCCUCAAGAUGCCCAGGAGUAUGGGAACUACCAGCCAGGGUCCCUGUGUGGCUACUGCUCCUUCUGCAAUCGCUGCACAGAAUGUGAGAAGUGUCACUGUGAUGAGGAGAACAUGGGCGAGCACUGCGACCAGUGCCAGCACUGCCAGUUCUGCUACCUCUGCCCACUGGUCUGUGAAACCGUCUGCACCCCAGGAAGCUACGUCGACUAUUUCUCUUCAUCUCUGUACCAAGCCCUGGCGGACAUGCUGGAAACCCCGGAACCCUGACAUGGCCGCAAGGCUGAGGCGCAGACUUAACUCCCUGGCCCUCCAAUCCCUUCCCACGAGUCAUAUUUAUUUCUCUGAAUAAACGUGCUCCUUAAAACCUUACUGUCA